AAAUCUGGCUCAAAGUUAAUAGUAAAAAAUUAUUUAGAACAACACCUGAUGAAUAGAGACCCUAAAAUAACCACCAAAAAGGAUCGGAAGGGGUGACGUCAUGAAUUAUUUUUCAGCUGCAAGGUAAACGAUUAAACAUUCGCUGCAGCUGGCGGGGUCUUUUUCAGUGAGUGAGUCUUUAACCAACUUUCUCCUGGUGCCCUCGAUUCGCCUCAUUGAAAGAGAAAUAAACAGCCCCCGAGAUGAGCGCCGCAUGUCUCUCUUUCUAGACGCAGGACACGCGUGGGGCUUUGCGUUUUUUUCUCACACCCCGACUGACAACUCCAAGGCCCCGCUUGUAAACAAACACGGGCGCAACUCGUCGCUCUGUGCAUGAACGCAGUACCUCAUCAACGAUAUAUAAAAUGCGCGGUAUUUCUUAUUUUCGAUUAUGGACGCAAAUUACAUUUUGCACAAUCGCAUUUUUCGUCUUUCUUCCUGACAUUUUCACGCAAGAAAGUGGCAAUACAACUCAGCCGACAAGUCUAAAAGUGCUCAAGGAAUACGAUUUUGAAGCCUACAAACUAGUACGCGCGCUCACGUCCGCAUGCAUAUCGCGAUGUUUGGACCUGCAGAAUUUAGCAUCAAAAAAAGUUUGCAAAUACGAUGCCACAACUGGACUAUCAAUUGGAGGCAGUUGUUUAGCAGAUUUCAACAGACCCGCAGCAAUUGAUCGAAGGAUGAUAUGUGUUUUUGAACAAAGAGACAUUGAUAGGGGACUCACUUUAGAUGCAUUAAUUGCCUCAAAACUGUGCACAACAAUUUUGGUCUUGGUCACUAUAAAUUUCUAUUAUUUUAAUGCCACUGAACCGGCCAACAUGUUUGUUGUGGAUGAAGAUCUUUACAAAAAAGCAUCAGACAUCUCUUCCAAGCCCACAGUCAAAUUGCAUUACAAACUGGGAACUCUAAUGAAUAUGACAGAUUCGAUGACACCGAAAGACUUUUCAAAAACUUUUGAUAUGCCUGGAAGAAAAUCGAAAUGGAUCAGUUCAAUCAUAGACCUUUGCAAGAAGCCCGAAGGCACUUAUUUCACAGGCCUUUACAUAAGAUGGCUUUAUCCAGGCUGUCCCAACGAUGACUGCAAAAUUGGUCCAGCAAUGGAUGAACACACGUUGAUAAAAGCGCUGGACGAGUUGGCCACCACUUGGAAAUCAAAAUUUCCCAAUAAAUAUUGGGAACUUGCAAUGGAAACUUCAGCAAAAUCUGACAACAUUUACAUGGGUUUGGGAGUUGAGAAGCUGGGAAAACUGCUUAGCUAUUUUCUUAUUCUAAAUUAUGAAUGGGCCGAGCCGAAACCAACAACCACUCCUCCAAAGACUCAGUUCCAAACUCCACUUUAUAAAAAUAACUUUGCUAUUGACGCAUACUUAAAAAAACACAAGCAGGACAACAAAAAGUUUUUCUACGGCGUCACAACAACUUUGGUGAACUACGCGCUUUACGACUCCAGACUAAUUAAACUGAAAGACAAGCUGAGCGAGGACGAAUACUUCGUAAACGCCGCUGCAAGCAAUUGGAUACUUUUCAAAGAGGCCUGCGUGAAAAUAUCAGAUCCUGCCAACAACUUUACAAUUGUGGUACCCAAUAAUGAAAAUAAAACGACUUACGCCUUUACUGACGGCACUUUUAUCCCAUUCGACGAGACAAACGACAUAGUUGAAAAAUUGGCAUUCAUAUUUGCAAAAUAUAACAAUAGGAUUGGAGGCGCGUGGAUGAAAAACAUAAGCCACGAUGAUUUUACAGGAACGGCGUGUGGUUGCGGUCCAUUCCCAGUAUUACGAGCAGCAAACGAGGGACUCUACGGAAGCAAAUGCAGUUUGAAGCUAUGUUUCGCUAAGAAAAAAAUCACGACCAGCAACACAAACUCUACCAAUGCCACGGCGGUUGGCUAAAAUUAGUUUUUAUCCUAUUAAUUUGUAUGAUUAUAUUAUGUAUAUACUGUGCGUUAAAUAGAGUAUUAUAAAAAUAUUUACAAUUUAACAAAAUUUAUCGCUGAACAAAAAAAAAACAAAAAAAUAAAUAUGAAAAGUUGAAAGAACCUCUUUGCAAAUGAAAAAAAUAAAAGACACUGACCCCAAAAUGCGGUCUGCUGGUACUUAAAAAACCUUGGGUUUUGUCGUGUCCAAACUAAAACUAAGGAGGAGGAUUAAAUAAAAAAUUA